AGAUUCCGUAGCUUACCAGCCGUGCUCUGUGUGCCAGAAGGACAGACUUACAAUGCCCAGAACAGUUUCAAUGACGCCAAAAAGCAUAAGCCUGGGGGAAAGCAGUCACCUCGUCAGCGCCUUUCUUAGAGGACCAAGACCAACUGGACAGAGAGAGCACUGAUUGAAGAGCUCAGGAAGUCACUGAAGAAACUUUGAAGUGGAGAUGCCCUCAUCAGAUAAAGACCCCAAUGGACUUGACAACCCCAAUUUCAUAAUUGAUGAUGGAGGACAUUACUGUAACUUUUCUGAUGCUGGUGCCACAGUUCCAGGCUGUGAAGAAAAGCAGAAAUGUCUUUGCAGCAACCUUGCUUACUCGGUCACAGAUAUCCCACCAUGGUACCUCUGCAUCUUUUUGGGGAUUCAGCACUACCUGACAGCGCUUGGAGGUCUUGUUGCCAUUCCUAUCAUUCUCUCCAGAGGGCUUUGCCUGGAACAUGAUAUCCUGACACAGAGUCAUCUGAUCAGCACCAUCUUCUUUGUCUCGGGGAUCUGCACUCUCCUUCAAGUCAUCUUUGGAGUCAGGCUUCCUAUUCUACAAGGAGGGACUUUUGCUUUCUUAACUCCUUCACUGGCUAUGCUCUCUCUCCCUGAAUGGAAAUGCCCUGCAUGGACCCAAAAUGUGACUCAGGUGGAUGCUACUUCCCCAGAAUUCAUUGAGGUCUGGCAGAAACGAAUGCGAGAGUUGCAGGGCGCAAUCAUGGUCGCUUCCUGCUUCCAAAUCUUUGUCGGCUUUUCCGGUCUCAUUGGAUUUCUGAUGCGGUUCAUUGGCCCUCUGACAAUUGCCCCGACCAUCUCGUUGGUGGCGCUGCCUCUCUUUGAAUCAGCAGGGGAUGAGGCAGGAGCACACUGGGGCAUAGCAGCCAUAACCAUUUUCUUCAUAGUACUAUUCUCUCAGUACCUGAAGAAUGUGCCUGUUCCAGUGCCGACUUACAAGAGAAGCAGGAAAUGCCACUUCUCAAAGAUCUACCUCUUCCAGAUCUUCCCUGUGCUGCUUGGCCUCUCCAUUACAUGGCUGGUAUGUUUUGCUCUCACCGUCUCCAAUGUUUUCCCUUCGGAUCCUAAAGAUUACGGUUACGCAGCUCGGACAGAUAGCAAAGGCAAUGCUCUGUCUGAGGCACCUUGGUUUCGAUUUCCUUACCCAGGUCAAUGGGGAGUUCCCACUAUUAGUGUGGCUGGAGUAUUUGGCAUCAUCGCUGGAGUGAUCUCUUCCAUGGUGGAGUCAGUCGGAGAUUAUUAUGCCUGCGCACGUUUGUCUGGUGCUCCACCCCCUCCAAAGCAUGCUAUCAACCGUGGAAUUGGAGUUGAAGGGAUUGGCUGUCUUCUAGCAGGGGCUUGGGGAACAGGAAAUGGCACUACUUCUUACAGUGAAAACGUUGGUGCUUUGGGGAUCACCCGGGUUGGGAGUAGAAUUGUGAUUGUGGCUGGUGGCUGUGUCAUGCUUUUGACUGGCAUGUUCGGCAAAGUUGGAGCAGUGUUCGCUAGCAUUCCAACUCCUAUCAUUGGAGGGAUGUUCCUUGUGAUGUUUGGAGUUAUCACUGCUGUGGGGGUGUCCAAUCUACAGUAUGCAGACAUGAACUCUUCAAGAAACCUGUUCAUCUUUGGAUUUUCUAUAUAUGCGGGCUUGGCGAUUCCCCAUUGGGUAAAGAAUAAUACAGACGCGUUGAAAACAGGAAUUCUGCAGCUGGACCAAGUAAUCCAGGUGCUACUUACUACAGGAAUGUUUGUUGGGGGAUUCCUCGGCUUUUUCCUUGAUAACACUAUUCCAGGGAGCCAGGAAGAGCGGGGACUCUCGGCAUGGAAAGAAAGUUAUAAGGAGGAGUCCAGUGAGGCACUGUAUACCUCAGAUAUCUAUGAUCUUCCAUUUGGAAUAGGUUCCAAGUUCUGUGCUGCUAACUGGUUUCGGUACCUCCCAACAUGCCCCAAACGGCCCCCAGGACACAGGGCAAAUGAACACAACAGUCAUGCAUGGGAGAACAGCAAUAAAAUGAAUUCAGAAAAGGACACAGAAAUGAAUGUUGACACAAGGAUCUAAGACCACACCAGUAACAAACCUGGACUGCUAAUCUGCUGAAGCAGCAUUUUUCCUUUAGUUGGCUUUGGGUCUUUGGGCAGUGCUUAAAGCAAAACAUUGAUAAACAUCAUUCCUGCAGGUUAUUCCAUGGUCUGCCAUUGAGGUCACUGCAUGUUGAUUUCUUUGCAGCAAUAAGCCAGUUUGAGGAUUAGCUGGCAAAAAGAAAGAAUAGAGAACAAUGUUGAUGGAGGGCAGUUUAUUUAAUUUUGCCCUUCAUGGCUGUAGCCCUGAAAUUCUCUGUGUAGUCCUUGACCUCUUGAGUAAAUCGGAAAAGCUCAUGCCAAAGAAAGAAGCUACUGGCCCCGAGUCCCCUGAGACUGAGGUUUCACUUCUGUCUUACAGUGUCUCUAUCUGUUUGACUGAAUUGCGUAAUCUCGGUCUCAAUUCUUCCUUGGUUCCACACCUUUUAGCCUAGUUUUAGUCACUUUGUAAAGUCUUUGGGGGGAUAUGUUGGUCUGUAUUAUGAUUGCUAACCUUCAGGUGGUACCUGGGGAUCUCCUGGAAUUACAACAGAUCUUCAGGAGAUGAAGAUCAGUUCCUCUGGAGAAAAUGGCUGCUUUGGAGGGUGGACUCUAUGGCAUUAUACUUUGCUCAGGUCCCUCCUUCACUCUCCAGGCUUCACCUUCAAAAUCUCCAGGAAUUUCCCAGCCUGGAGCUGGCAACCCUAGUAUGUAUUCUACCACUCUACUCAGCGUCAUUUGAAACCGUCCUCCAACUUAUACCUCCGUCCAAAUUAAGUGGCUGAUCCUCUAGCAAGAGAGACCAUUAAUUGAAUUUCAGACUCUGCUGAGCAGAGUGGUGGAUACAGGCCAUGCGGCUUGAGUUACUUUCUGCAGGUCUCCUGAAUUAAACUGGGAUUUCCAGUUAUACGCAUGAUAUAAAAUUUAGUUCUAAGCUUCUUUCAGGAUUUUAUGAAAGCUGUACGCAAGAAUCCAAAAAGUGCUAUACACAACAGAAGAUUGCAUUACUAUAUCUUGUGCCUUGUAUUUUAAAUCUGUUUAAAAGGAAGGAAUAAAAUAAUGGAAACACUCAGAGACGCACAGGAUAUAUCAGAUAUAUCAGAAAGGACACUUCUUGGGCUUACUAUUGGUAUUAUCCAGAAGCACCUUCCAAGAUGCAUGGGAUCUUAAUGUGGGUAUGCAGGACACUCACGAUUUUUUAUUAACGUGCAAAAGGGCCAAGUCCCAUUCUGGUGAUUACUGGAAUUCUUUCUUUGGUUAUUCAAGGUAUGCAGUGGUUGUGCUAAAUUCCUAAGAAAAGUUUACAUGAUAGGAAUAAUACCUAAAUAAAAUCACACCUCAAGAAAAUGUUUAGGCCGUUCUCUAUUUCUUUAUGUAAAUCUCCUCUUCAUUUAAGGUAUGCCCCAAAUAUGUCACUUUUUUUUCUGGCAUGCUCAAGGCGAACAGGGAAAAUCUCCUCCUGAAGUCUGUGUUGACUCUUCCCACUUUCCUUGCACAUCAUUAUUUUCAUUUGCAGAGACCGUUUGUGGUCGCCCCAACCUUCAUUCACAGAUCCUGACAAAGUUUUGCUGAUCUUGCUCUUAAUUCCAGUGUUAGCAUCCAUGACACAAAUGUCACUCAUUUGGUAGACAGUUCAACAUUUGCUUACAUUAUAAUGCUUUAUAUUUUGUUGGGCAAAUAUUGUGCCUCCUACAUAUCUACAUUUUCCACUUCAUUCCAAAUGAGACUGCACUACAGAUCUACACAGGGGCAUUAUAAUAUCAGCUAUUUUAUUUUCAGUCUGUUUCCUAACAAUCCCCAGCAUGGUUUGCUUUUUUUGACCAUUGCAGCACACUGAGUUGACACUUUCAAUUGUGCUAUCCACUAAGGGCCAAACUACAAGUGAUGAAUGGCACUUGAAUGGCGAGUGUAUUCCUCUGUUCACUUGCCCUCCACUCAAUCCACUUGCCGUUCAAGUGUCAUUCAUCACUUGUAGCUUGGCCCUAAGUCUGCCAAGAAAAUGUGAUGUGACGUCCCCCCCCCCAUGGGUCAGUAAUGACUCGGUGCUUGACUACCUUUGCCUUUACCUUUA